CCGGUUCUCUCUAGCACCAACAGGAAGUGCUAUUAGCUUCUAGCUGUAAGGGAAAGAAGGACAGUCAAAAUGCGAACGUCUCUCGUGAACAUCGUUUUGUUUUCAUCCCUGCACGUUUUGUUGUCUUUGACGUGCUUUCAAAAUGUCGUCGAAGCAGCUAGUGGGAAAGGAUUUGGAGAUAACAUCCACUGGAGGACGCUGGAUGAUGGCAAGAAAGAAGCCGAGGCCAGCGGGCUUCCCAUCAUGCUCAUCAUCCACAAGACCUGGUGCGGCGCCUGCAAAGCACUGAAGCCCAAAUUUGCAGAGUCCAAGGAUAUCUCUGAACUUGCACACAACUUUGUCAUGAUCAACCUCGAGGAUGAGGAGGAGCCAAAGGAUGACGCCUACAGCCCCGACGGUGGAUACAUUCCUCGGAUUCUUUUCCUUGAUCCAAGCGGUAAAGUCCAUCCUGAAAUCACCAACAAAAAUGGGAAUCCAAACUACAAGUACUUCUACAGCAGCGCAGAACAAGUCGUGUCCGCCAUGAAGGAGGCGCAGGAGAAGCUGACGGGCGACGCCUUCAAGCAGGGCCACACCGGGGACGAGCUGUGAGCGGGACGCGCAUCAGGCUGCAAGGGCUACACUUCCUCCACCUGAGCGUCAGCUUACUCUCCCAAACGUCCACAAGCUGUACUGAUUCUAGACGGUUGGGGGGGUGAGAGAGACUCUCAUUGAAGCAAACCAUUAAGGUUGGUGCUCGAGUUUUCCUUUUGUCUUGUAUGUUUUGUUUUUCUCCUACUAACUCCCUUAUCACCUGUAUUUUUGUAAUCUACUGUCAUCCAAUGACAUGUACUGUACUUACCGAGGAGGAUAUGACCAACAGUGGUAACUCAUUUUCAUAUGCUGCCGUUGUUGGAUGAGAACUUGACAUCUGGAAAAUGCCAACUUUAAGUAAAUACCCAAGUGCGUCACAUCUUUUCAAAACCCACCGUGGGGUCAAAUGCUUAAUUCGCUUUAACCCAGAAGCUGUGAUGUGCUUCCAAAGAUCCACUACGGUAUGUUGAUUAUCUAUUUUCCAUGCACGUUGUGGGCUUUCUACUUCAUACCAUCCAAUCGUUAAGCUGCCAAUGUAUUGUAAUUUAGCUUUAUCUACAUUGUUUUCCUCAUUUUCUGCGUUUUUAUUGCGGUGCAAAGUGAAGCUUUUCUUUUGCCAGCUUCAUUAAGCUGAAUGAAGGAUGGAAACAUUGGUUCUGUGUCUAGAUGUAUUUUAUACAUGUACAGACAAGUGUGCAAAUAAAAGUUUGUUGUACCAAGUA